AUGGACAUGACUGAUUCGGCGCCGGGAAGGCCACCAUCGCCUCUCAGAUCACUGCCGACCGCUGAGUGUGAGGUAUUCGGCAGCGAAGUGCUUCUCGAUGAGGAAACGUUCUCGUGGUAUAACCCAGAGAACUGGUAUUCCGUUCGGAUCGGCGAAGUAUUCAGAUCCAGAUAUCAAGUCCUGUUGAAACUGGGAUUCGGCUCUGUCUCGACAGUUUGGCUUUGCCGUGAUUUACAGUCUGAAGGACACCGAUACGUCACCUUAAAGGUUUACGAGACGGGACAUCGCCAAGCGAUGAAUGAGACGAGUGUUCUAAAGUACCUAGAGUCGAUUGAGACGUCUCACGAGGGCGCGAAGCUCGUACGCUUGAUGCUGGAUUCGUUCGAGGUACAAGGUAGGAAAGGGCCGCACGUCGUUAUCGUUCACGAGCCUCUCAGCUUAUCUCUUGGGGGUAUUCGCGGAAUCGCUGGAGGGAAGCUGCCAGACAAUGUCUUAAAGCCCAUGAUCCUUGGCAUACUUCUCGGACUCGACUUCCUUCACUCGGUUGGUCAUGUCGUCCACACAGAUAUCCAAGAAGGUAAUAUAAUGCUAGCAAUUACGGAUCAAACAUUUUUCGAUGAAGUAGUCGCCUCAGAAUGGGCAUCGCCAUCGGCCCGCAAGAUUGAUGGCGACAGAGUAAUUUAUGCCUCUACCGGUCUCGAAAUACCUGACGAUCCCGGCUUUCCAAUCAUUUCGGACUUUGGAGAUGCUCAAUUUGGCGAAAUGCCUUUUAUAGGCGAAGUUAUGCCCGAUUUGUACAGAGCUCCUGAGAUUAUUCUGAAAGUGCCCUGGGACGAGAAGAUUGAUAUCUGGGCGCUUGGCUUGAUGGUUCUUCAAAAGAUCUGGGACCUGUAUGAAGGGAAACACCUUUUCCACAAGAGACUUCCCAGUAGAGAAGAAUCCAGCAUUGCCCACAUGGCGAGGAUGGUGUCGUUGUUGGGAGCGCCGUCACCCGACCUACUUGAACGGAGUGCUGUCGCAGCGGAAAUUUUCGACGAUAGCGGCAUGUUGAGGGGUAACGAUGGGACACCCAACAGUACCCUUGAAGAUGAGGAAGAGAAUCUACAGGGAGACGAAAAGGCGGAAUUUCUGAGCUUCCUAAGAAAGAUGUUACAAUGGAGGCCAGAAGACCGAGCGUCGGCCGCCGACUUGAUGAAAGAUCCGUGGCUGCGACGGAUGUGA